UCCAACAUGUCUGCGCCCUUGAGUCAAUGAAAGGAACGACUUCUGAAAUCUUGCACAAAUAUUGCCAUAUCUGGUUAAUUUGCCUUGAUUUUUAAAAUGUGAUAGGAAAAUGCUGUGCAGAAAUGUUUAUUCUUUGGCUGUUAAACUCGGCGCUAGUUUGAAAAUACCAUGCAAUGUGCGCGAGCUUUGUUCUGUCAAAACACAACAUAUUGGUACACUCUGUUCCGUUAGCCCCAGUCGUCAGACAUACGGACAAUCUUUUAUAACUACGACUACCAAUGCAAAAAUAUUCUAUCGUCGCUUUGUUUUAACAACGUGUCAAAACUGCCGAAAACAUGAUGAUUUUAGGAGAGGGAAAGGGAAUGUACAACAGAAGGAAAAUAUUCUGACUGUGCCAAAUCUUCUAACAGCCAGUCGAAUUGUUUCUACACCAUUUCUAGGCUACAUGGUGACACAUGGGCAUUUCGAAAUAGCUCUUGGGUUGUUUGUUGUUGCUGGCAUCACUGACCUUCUUGAUGGAUAUGUUGCAAGAAAUUUCAAAGGACAAAUGUCGAGCUUUGGGACAUUUCUGGACCCUUUGGCAGACAAGGUCAUGAUGACAGUGAUGUUUACCACUCUGUCAAUGGCAAACAUUGUUCCAGUGGCGCUGGCUGUGAUAGUGGUGGGCAGGGAUGUGUUACUGGUGGGGGCCGGAUUCUAUGUAAAAUACAUUUCACUAAAACCACCAAUAACAUUCUCGAAAUUCUUUGAUGUUACAAAUGCAAGUGCAACACUUCAUCCUUCGACACUGAGCAAGUACAACACACUUCUCCAGCUGUUGCUAAUCUCCUCAGCUCUGGUAUCUCAGGUGAUGGGAUGGGGGGAUAACUCUGCCCUCCAAACUCUAUAUUUGGUCACAGGUUGUACGACUAUUGGAUCAGGCCUGCAGUAUAUGUGGAACUCUAAAGCUUAUUUUAAAUUAAAGAAAAAAUGAAAAAACAAAACACUGGCUUUGGUUUUUUUCCUGAUCUCAUUCUAUAGAUAAGUUGCAGGUAAAC